AAAUAAAAAAAAGGAUUGAAAAAUGAAUGAGAAAGAUUAAUAGACACGUUAUAAAAAAUGUUUAAGGGAAAACAGAAAUAUUUGAAAAAUAAAAAGACGCUUAAAAGAAAAAUGACAACACUGCAAAAAAUGGCGUCUCAAAAUAAGACGUUUAGACGUUUAUAAACGUCUUAUGCAGACCUAUCCAACGAACCGAAAUUCUGUUGUAUCUUAGCGAUUCCACUUGUUUAGUUCGUCUCUAGCGGCGCUACCUUCAUUCCACCCUAUGUACAAAUUUGCAAUGCAUUAUAAAGUCGUUGUGAUUAUUAGCGUUUUUGAGUUUUCUUUCUAAUUUAGUGUAAUUUUAUCUUCGUUUUUCUUUUAAAUUAUAUUUAGUGUAUUAAGAUUCAUUAUUUAAGUGUUUCUAUAUAUCCUAUAUAUAGUUAAAAUAAAAUUAAAAUAAUGGCUCCCUCCAAGGGAAGCAAGUGUAUAGUGCCGAACUGCAAAGCAGGUUAUGCUUCUUGUAAGCAAAAAUUUAGUUUAUUCUCAGUGCCAGAUGAUGAAAAAAUGGUAGAACAAUGGCAAAAAGCGAUUCCUCGCAAAGACUUUGUUGUGCAAAGUGGACAGGUUGUAUGUCAACAACACUUUUUAGAAGAUGACAUUGUUUGGAAGAAGGAAGUGAAAGCUCCAGAUGGAUCUGUCAUGUCAUCAGCGAAAUUAAAAAGACCGUAUCUGAAACACGGCAGUAUUCCAAGAAUAUUCCCUGACUGUCCUAAGUAUUUAACAAAUACUACCAAACAGCGAAAACCACCAAAAAAAGGGAACCAUUUUUCGAUACCAAGAGUGCAAAAAGAAUAAGGCUGGAAGAAAACAACGUUUUAUUAACUGACGAGAAUAAAAUUCAAAAUAAAUCAGAAAAUAUGGACCAUGCUUCACCUCCUGAAAAAACUUCGAAUGAAAAUGUUAAUAUUGAGAAUCAAAAUAAAGAAAAUGGAAAUGACCAUGCUCCACCUCCUGACAAAACUUCGAAUGAAAAUGUUAAUUUUGAGACUCAAAAUGAAGAACAAGAGAAGGAUUUCUUUAAAGUUUUGUUUUGUUUCAUAUUUGAAAU